AUGACGGGCUACUACCAGUGCAUCUUUGACGUCUUUCAAGAAUACAAUGUCGCUCAGCGGAUUAUUGAGGGGAACCAAACGGACACAUACGCCGAUGAAAGAACACCCCAAAACUCCGUUGCUUAUGAAGAUAUUAUGAAUGGUCCUUCGAGUCAACCAGUAAAGGCCGGUAAGAAGAGUGGAAAAGCACGCCAAAUGAUGAGGAAUUGGGCACUGUUAGUUCAGGUUAAACGACAGAAACCUUCAAAAAUGCCAGAGUUAGCAUCAGAAAACUUUACCAGUACAUAA